CAGCCCAGCACUUGGUGAGAGAUGAGUUGCAGUAGUAGUAGCAGUGGAGAAGAUGGAGAUGCCCAGUGGAAGGCCGCCAUUGAUUCCGUUACUUCCCUCCCUUUGACAACCGCCGCCACCGCCACCGGCGGCGCGGUGAAAAGCUCGUCUCUACCUGAUGAAGACAACCAUACAUCCCAAAACCAGCUCAAACAUUAUCAAAUCAAGGUAUAGGUAUUUACCUUCUUCAAUUACACUUGCGCUCUUAUUUUAAUUCCUCGUAGAUGCUUUGAAUGCAUUGCUUAAUUGUUGAAUUUGUAGUUUUUGAUCAAUAGCAUAAUGGUGUCAGCUUCAGACUUUUUUACAUUUUAGUUGGGCAACUUAGUUUAUUGAGAAAUUCUCCUUGGUUUGGAAAGUGAAAAAUUAUGGAGGACGUAUAUUUGUUUUCUUAGAGAAGUUCGAUUCUUGAGGGCGAAAUAGAAUCUCGUUCUGGGAAAUUUUAUAGAGGGACUCUAAAUUUGAAAAUGGGGAAUUGAAUGAUGAAUAAAUAAGCGUUUAGAUGAUUGGCUUUUAUUUUCCAUAAGGAGUUGAGCCUUUUUUGGCUGAAUGAAAAAUCAGGAAACAAGCAUAACCUUGGUUCCGAAUUUUAGGGAGAUGGGGUUUUGUUAAGUGUUUUAGCUCUACCCAGUUCUGAGAAGAAGGGUAAAAUGUUGUUGAUUGUAGGGUGUAAUAAGCGAUUUUCAUGAUAGUUUGGGAUAUGGGAUGUUGGCAAUUCCAUCUCUGAGUUAAAAGAUUUUCUGUAAUACUCUUAGUGUAACACUAGUUACUCAGUGGUGACACUCAACUCACUACUUGAAGUAUGUUAAAUGCCCUCAUAUAGAAUUGAAUCAUUAGUUAACCGUAUGACUACGCACUUGUUUACGUCUUACCAUAUAGAAAGCUUUACAUGAAAGCAACUAUGGAAGAUAUUUUAUGCAUUUAUAUAGUUGUCCUGCUGUCAGGUAAUGCAAUUUUAUGAAACUUCCUCCCCCACAUUGGCACUUCUUGUCAACUAAUUUGGAAGAUGAGUAGGUGGGUGACUUACUGCUUGAUUCACUAGCUCCAUUAGCUUCUUGUUCAAUGUUUAAGUCCAAAGUUGAAGUGCUUUCUCUUUAGGUCUUUCAGUUUUUCAAUCACAACCUUCUCAUUACCUGUAUACUGAUUUUAUCUUAAUCAUGGGAUUGCAUAUCUUCAUCUGUGCCUGAAUGAAAAAGAUUAGGAUAUCAUGAACCGUAAUUCAGAAUUGCAGACUUUUGAGUUUGGCUGAUGCAUAAUGUGAAACUUAAACAGGCUCAAAAGAUUCUCAAUGAUAUCUUGGAGAAGUCCUUAGAAGUGGUCUGUAGUAGCUCAAGUUCGCUGCCAGCUGAAGAUUCAGAUAAUGGAAGUGGAGUUCAUUUAUUUAAGCACGCUCCUCGCGGGAUUGUGUUCGAUUAUAUUGAUGAAGUACAAAGACCAAGCAAGAAACCAAAACUACUUCCUGGAGACGAAAUAGAUGAAAAAUCCAAGAAGUUUAAAAGACAGCUUCAGUCUGUGGCAGUCAAUGGUGUAGAUAUAUUAUCCGCAGCUAGAGAUGCAGGCCAUAAAGCACGGACAAAACUGGAAAGAAAAGAAGCGGCUGGCAAAGCAGCAGCCAAGAGAGAGGAAGAACGAGUUGUGGAACUGAAAAAGAUUAGAGGCGAGCGAUGGCUUCCUGGCAUGGCCAAAAAACGACUUGCAAACUCCCAAUAAAUCGAUUAGUUCCAAUUAUGGAUAAAUGCUGAAAAAAAUUUUGAUCUAGGUUUUUGCGAUAUGCAUAAGUGAUGCUAAGUAUAUUGUAUUUGAGUUAGUAGACUUUCCCAAGUUGAUGUCAUUUUGCACUUUUCGUGGUUUUGUGUGCAUGGUUUGGCAGGGCAAAGGGUAAUUAGUUAGAUCAACUCUAAUUAUUGCACUAUAAUUUGCAACAAAUUUAAUACUCUUUACAUUUUAAAUAUGUCUUUUUAGCAAUUUUAUCAAUACCAAUAAAAUAUUUAAUCAUGUAUU